AUGCUGCGUUUGGGAACGAAGACGGAGACCCGUUCUAGGCGAGUUAACGAGCGUCCAGGGGCUUUACGUUUUAAUGGUUGUCGUCAUCGAGUAUUCCAAGACUACGACGGUAAGCUUCUUGUUUCCGCACUAACCGAUAAGGAAAUCGACGGGUGGGAUUUGCGACAGAAAAUCACGGAUUUGUUCUACGAGGACAUGGUACCCAGUCCGAAGGUCGUGGAGUCUAUCUUGGAAGCUUGUCGUCGGGUCAACGAUUAUGCCUUGACCAUCAGAUCCGCUCAAUUGCUCGCAGGUCCCCGAAAUGCAAAAUUACCAACAGCAGUAGCUCAUAAGGUUCUGAUGCUGCCAUUCGAAGAACAAAGGCGUAAUUGCACUGGACAUGCUGCUGAGCACUUGACUGAGGAAUCCGUGGGACGUUUGGAGCAAAAGUUCAUCAAUUAUUUCAGCGAUAAGGAAAUCGACGGGUGGGAUUUGCGACAGAAAAUCACGGAUUUGUUCUACGAGGACAUGGUACCCAGUCCGAAGGUCGUGGAGUCUAUCUUGGAAGCUUGUCGUCGGGUCAACGAUUAUGCCUUGACCAUCAGAUUUCUGGAGGCACUUCACGCCAAGACUGGCCAAGAUGAGGCGAUUUUUGAAUGGCUGAUGGCUCAAGUUAAGCCGACUAUGGAUAAGCUAGGGAUUAGCACACUGAAGCAGUUGGGAUAUGACAAACCAGAGCUGUGGAUGGAGGAUAACGACGAUCUAUGAAAACACCUCUUAAACGCAAUUAAUCACCCAAUUUUUCAUCAUGCCAAUAAUUUUUUGUCAAUGUUUGAAUUGUGCGACAAUAAAGGAAGGGCUUAUCCAUUUA